UUUCAUUGUUUCGUCGGAAAUAUUGUCGCGAGAGAAUUUCUUGAGGACUUUUCAACUUUAAAUAUGAAAUUGACUUGAUAAAGCUGAAAAAAAUUUGUUAGAAAAGAAAAAAUUAAAUAAAAAACAGACAAAAUGCACUUUGAUUGGGCGAUCGACGGAGUCAAUACGACAGUGCCUCGCAACGCUGGUCCCGAAUGCCGCAUGUAUCUGACGCCAACACGAAUUGUUAUCGAAUGCAUCGUCGUCAUCAUUUGCAGCAUCCUGGCAAUUCGCUAUUCAUGGUCUAAUAUAAUUAAGAAAAAGUCGUUACCUGAUUAUAACUUAGUAGUAACAAGUAGGAGAGCAACAAAUGAUUUGGUGAAAUUGUAUCAUCAGCAAACGACAACGUCGACCCAAACGACGUCAUCGGGCGAAACAAUUACGACAAAUCACACAACCAUCAACCAUUAUUACGAAAAAGUUCCCGUUGGCCAGCAAAUUUUGCUCGUUGUGAUGACGUUGACGCUCGGCAUCGAACUUGGCUUCAAAUUUGCGUCGCGCAGUGUGAUAUACAUCCUAAAUCCGUGUCACAUUAUCACGAUGUUACAGAUUUACAUUUUAGCAGCGAGACCUAGUAAGACAAUAACGAUUUUAUUUCGCAUUCAAAUGAACUACUUGAACGGCCCGUUUUUGGCGUUUGUGUUUCCCGAGACGGCGACGCGUCAAUUUGCUCUCGAAUGGUUGAUUUAUUGGAUUCAGCAUGCGCUCAUGUGGAUCAUUCCGGGGUAUUUGUUGCAAGUUGGAGGCGUUUACAGCAUGGAGCCUCUGAUGGAUUUCGAUUGGAAUAUCUUGGGAUAUGCAAUUUUAAUGAUUUAUCACUUUUUCUUUUUACAAGUAUUUGCUGUGCCAACACAAGUCAACUUGAACCACAUGUUGUGCCCCGCAAUUCUGGAUCCCUUUGAUGGGCAAAAUUAUCGCAUUGCCGCAAUAAUUCAUCAGGGAAUCCUGUGUCCAUUACUUUGUAAAAUUAUGUGUAUUUUGUUUAUGCCGCGCGACAAGCCGGACCAUACCACCAACAAUAAUCAUCAUCAAUUAGAACAAUCUGCUCAUGCAACGUCGAUGGCAACGUCGAAAAGCAAUAAAAAUGCGACUGCAAAUGGAAACCAUAAAAAUUUAGUCAAUUCCGUGGAGAGUGAUGCAAUUACCUGUAGCUUAUCGAAAGACGUUAAAGUUGAUUAGUGCAAAUUAUCAGUUUUUACCUAUUUUUGUCCGUUCUCUUGCAGUUACAUUUGUGAUUUUUUUAGAUAGUGCUUUUUUUUGUUCAACGUUCCAAAAUUUAGACAUUUAUGCAAAAAAAAAAU